UUUGUUUUUUAAACAAUUAACUAUUAUCAUCAUGUUCAAAUAAAUUCACCAUUAUUUAGGCACUAGCAUUGGAUUCAACUGAUCUUCAAUAGCGAUAACUUUUGAGAUUCUUAAAGAGGUUACUAGCGGCAGUAUACGUCGUGUGUGUGUGUUUAAAGUUUCAUAUUUGAAUGCAUCUACAACAUAGGAACAGCUCGUUCUUCUCAUGGAUCAAUAUCCCCACAUCCUUGAAACCGCACAGCAGUCACACUAACGAUGACAUAUUAACACGUCUGUAGGGAGAAAAAGGACAAAUGGCUCCUACAAAUGGUACUGAGAUGUAGGCAAUCAACAGUGAAAAGAACAUUACUAUGGGCAAGCAUGCUCUACAACUGACAGUUCUUGAAUCUACUAAGAAGAAAAUUGUCUGCGGAAAAUGGCAACGUUACCACGAUCCUACCCAACAAGAGAACUUUCUCGGACACCAUCGCAUUUCCAUAGAGAUGUGGAGGCCCGACGGACGAUGCCGGCGAGCCUGCCCACAAGGUCUACGGCGACCUCCCCAACGGGAUCGAUAAAGGGCAAGUUUUUCCGGUUGGGCAGCAAAAAGAAGGACAAGAAAAGGGAGAUCCAGCAGCUGUCCGAGGAGAACCAGGGGCUGAAAAUAAAGCUGGAAAUCGCCGACAGGAUCAACGGAGAGUUGGUUGAACGCAUGAUAAAACUGGUGAAAGAGAAUCCCUUUAAAGACUUUAUAGAGAUACAUGACGGAAACGUGCACAUCGGGGACAUCAACAAUACCUACACGACUGUAGAAGUAGAGGGCGUCCUGGAGGGUGUUGAGAACCUCACGGACAAACUGACGGCUGCCGUGAACGAGAACACGGCAGCCAGGUCUCUAGCUGAGAGCAAACUCCGAAAUGCCGAGGUUCAACUGAAGGAAAUAAAAUCUUCGCUAGAGACUUGCAAAAUCAUGCUGGCAAAGCUAGAUAACAAGACUGUGAAGAACAUGGGGAACAUCAAGUCGCUGCUGGAGGGUCUGUGCAAUGACCGGUCUGACGAGGCUGUCUUAAAGGAAGGGGUGAAGGCGCUAUGGGGUUACUUGUUCGGCAAGAAACAGAAGGUUACCGUGCCCGCCUCUGUUAAACUAGCCGUUAAUAGAAUCAUAGACACGUUUGCUUUCACAAAUUGGUAUGAGUUUGCACGUUUCCUGAACGUUGAUGCAUCCUCAAUAGAUCAAGACUUUGCUGUUGAAGACGAAGACGAUAUUGUCGAUAUCUGUGUGACUAUUCUUGGUCACUGGAUCAAACUGACAAACGACAGUAACGGCGAGCAGUUGUAUAACCUAGUGCUCCAGUAUGAGCAGGAAAGGCGCACAGAAAAGACGAACACAUAUCAGAAAGACAGCCUUUCUAGCGCAAAAGUUUCCUGCAGAAUGUCCAACCGGCCAAGCUCUGAUGGAGCGGGCGGUCUGACCGGGGUACCCAGCGGAAAUAACACAAGGCGAUGGGCAGACCCUGACAAGACAUCGCAGUUUAUGCACUUCCUGGAGUCCAUGAAGUCCCAAGUAUCCAUGGAACAGACACUGUCGGACAUGCAUAGAAUGGUGAAAGACAUCCAUGGGACAAUUUGUACUGACACCGAAACACCACCCAGCCCAAGAGAGUCAAGAAGUGAACCGCUAAUUGCAGAAGUCUAGCCGCCAAACGUUAUCCGUUUUGUUGAAGUAUUCUCAUUGUUGUUAGUAAUACAUUUAAAAGAGUUUUCACUCAAACAUCAGAAGGGAAUGCCUCUCUGACAUAUAUUUAUCAUGACGUUUGAGAAGUGAAUAGUUUUGAAAAAUGUGAUGUUAUGGUGCUAUAGAGACAUGUGCAAAGUGAUUAUGUAUUUCAAUUUCAUCAUUAACGUUAUGUUUUUUGUGAUAUAUCCAUGCAUUUGUUGAAUUGCUCAUCGAUCAUAAUCAGAUUUAUAUUCUACAGUGGUAUUACUUACCGUCUUUUAUGCUCAGUAUAUGAAGGUAUUAUUUACAGAUAGCGAACACUUAUAUAAAAAUAUAUUAUAUUAAUAUAUGCACAACUUUGUUUAUGUUCUAACUGUUCUAUCUUUAAAUAAAAUUGCAUGUUAUACUAUUAUCAGGAUAGCGCGUUUCGUCAAAGGUUCUUUAUUGUUACCUGGACAGUGUUCAUUGACAGCUAAUGAUUUUUUUCGUUGAACAUAGUGUAGAUGAUGUAUUUUCAACUAGUUUUGCGUGAAACACAUUCCUCCAUGCUUAAUGUAUUUGACGUUACCUUCAAGACCAUAUAUUUACACUUCAACUUCCAUAUCUAAAAUGAACUGCCUUUCGUCAAUUCCGAAUAUUUUCCGACACGCAACAUCUUCGGAUCGCGAAUUAUGGCAUAACAAUAUACAUGUAAAUUGAAAAUUGUUUGUCUUGUUUAUUGUGUAUUGUGUCUUCAGGCCCCGAACAACCUAAAUAAACAUGUUAAAG